AUGUCCUUGUGGGAGGUGCUGGCGUGGCACCGCCCCAAAGUUACAAGUGUAUUAUUUGGAACUGUGAUUUCAGUUCUGGCCUUGUUUUGCUUUAUGCAAUACACAGUGGUGACGUUUCUCUGCCGCGUUAUCCAGCUGUUGCUAUUGCUUGGUGUCAUUGUGGGUUUGACGAAUCGGUGCAAACUCACCUCCGACGACAUUCACUGUGCGGUUAACCGCUUUGUGGACUACGCCACGCCCCGGGCGGAGGCGGCCCUUGAAACCACGUACAACGUUGUGACAUGGCGUAACUACCACCUUUCCGGGAUGGUAACUCUAGCUAGCGUCGUGAUCGCCUUUCUGGGCAACCUCUUCUCCGACACCGCGCUUCUCGUGAGUGUCGUUGUACUGGCCUUCUCCGUUCCCGCGGUUUACGAGAGGAAGAAGGAUCUGAUCGACAGAUGGGUGGGCGUGGCCAAGUCAAAGGUGGAGAAGUACAUGGGGACACUCAAGACGAAGGUGGAGGAGGUGACCAAGAAGGACGAAUAA